GGCUUCAGGCUGAGAAGUGAGAAGUGAGAGUGCUGAAACGCCUGAAACGCAGAACGCGGACAAUGCCGGCUGUCUUUUGUGUAAUUAAUUGUCAUAGCUGUUUUUCGUUUGAGUUAUCCUACUAGUAGUAGAUAAUUUUUUUACAAAAUGUGCAGUUAAAUAAUCAAAAAGUUUUUUGCGACAUCCUAAUUUUCAUUUUUAUUAAAAGUAAUAUCUCAGCAAAUUUGUGAAUGUGAAUAUAAAUGGUUUUAUUGACAGAAAAUGUAUAAUGCUUUUUUGAUUAUAUUAAGCGUGUUAUACUCAUAAAAGGGACUCGCCAGACUCAACCACUCAACAUUUUCUUUAAAAUUAUCUCUAAGGAUAAAUUAAUUAACUACAAACCCUUCGAAGUGAAAAUCUAUACUUCAAAAGCAUAGAAGUGUUGGAGUCCAGAGUGAUCAAGUUCUCUCUAAAUUCCAAUUGUGUAGAAUACAGAUUACUGUCUACUGAUAUUAUGACUGACUGUUGAAUAACUGACUAGUCUAUUUGUUCUUGGUGGUUGCACUUUAUAUUCAUUAUUGUUACUUUACUUUUAAUGGCUAACACUACAUUUUAAUAAUGCAUAAGUGUGUAGUGUGCGGCAACAAUUCUCAAAAGACCAGGUACACACGUCCUCAGGUUAUUUAUCAUUCAUUUCCUAAGAAUGAAUAUAGAAGGAAAAAAUGGCUUAAAACCUUAGGAAUUACUGUGUGUCACGAUUGGCAUCGUGUGUGUAGUGAUCAUUUUUUAAAAACAGACUAUAAACCUGAUAAAACGCGACAUUUACGGCCAAACACUAUUCCCCGACCUCUUGAUCAAACUCACAAUGAAAAUCAAUUUCCUAAUAAUAUUCAAAAUGAUGGCGAAGAAACUGAAAAUAGUGAUUGUUUAUCAAUAAAUCAAGAUCUUUUAAUAGAGGAACAAAUUGAAGAGACUGUUGUAAAUAAUUUUGAAUCGCCGAGACGGUCAUCCAGAAAAAUCAAACUUACCACAACUAAUGAGGAUAUGAGUUAUGAAAAUAUGCCAAGACUCCAAACCGAAAGACUUGAAAAAAAAAUUUCAACAUACAUACCUAACAAUGUAGCUAGUGAAAAUAAUCUAUCGGUACCAAUUUUACCAGCUUAUAAGGAUCACAGUUUGGGAAAUGGAAUACGCUGUUCUAUUAAAAGUUGUAACAACAGGUAUUCAAAAUAUCUUAGUUUCUUUGGAUACCCUAGUGAUUUGGAAAUAAGAAAAAAAUGGUUUGAAAAAUGUGGAUUAAAAGGUGUAGAUCCUACUUCAAAACUGAAAAGUAGUUUAAAAGUAUGCCGUCAACAUUUUGAUGAAGAUUGUUUCUUGAAUUCAGAAAAAAGGAACAGAUUAAAAUCUGAUGCUGUUCCAACAUUGUUUUUAGAUAAUGAUAUAAUAGAUGAAAGAAAUAUUCCAUCAACAAGUUCAUAUGUCAAUAAUGGGUUUACUUUUGUAGAUAAACCAUCUUGUUCAUCUUCAAAUUAUAGUACAAAUGAAGAAACUGACAAACCUUUAACAUAUAUGAUGGACACACCUGAUAUAUUAAAUAAGGAUAGCAACAAUUUUGAGUGUUGUAUACCAGGAUGUUCGACUAAUUCUAAUGAAGAUACAAUAAACUCUAACGAUGUUUAUGUAUCCCUUUUUAAACCACCGGAUGAAUCUGUAAAUGAUUGGAGUUCAGUAUUAGGUAUGCAAAUAACUGAAAACAGUAUUGUGUGUGGAAAUCAUUUCAGACCCCAAGACAUAUGUUCUUCCACUUUAAAUAUCUGUGGAGUUGAUCAAGUAAUAAAAACAUUAACUGCUAAUGCUUUGCCACUACCAAUUAAUGUUAAUGCCAUGCAGUCAGCAACUACUACUAAAUUAAUAAAAACUAACGAUGUGCCAGUAUUGAAAACAUAUGAAGGUAGAUACAAAAGAUUAAGAGCUAAUAAAAAUGAAAAACAUUUGCCUGCAAAAAAACCAAGAAAAAGUUUAAUGAAUGAAUCAAAUACUACCACUGAGGCAAUUUAUAUUUCUGAAAAUGAAAAUAAUAUUUAUAUACCUACCACAAAUUACACUCAUGAAUAUGCUUCAAGUAAUGAUUUAAAUCCAACAUUAGAAUCAAAUACCUCCAAUUCAAGCUUCAAAGAAGUACUUCCAAAAAUUUUAGCCAAUAGUUCUCUAUCUAUAUCAUUUCCAUCUAAUAAUGAGCAGAUUAUGAGUAAACAGAUCUCAGCAAUUGAUGAUAAUAAAGAAUUGAUUUUUUCUUAUAAUAAUAAGCCAAUAUUAAAACAAGCACUAACUAAUAAUGGGCCUAAUGUGUAUAUGUGUCCAACAACUUCAGAUUAUGCUUCUAAUAUUGAACCAAGUGUAAGAAAAACAUAUCCCAUCAAUGUGUCUAAUAUGUCUCAGACUAAUAUUGUAAAACCUGCAAAAACUGUUGAUUUAUCAAUAGUAAAAAUUGAACCAAAUGAUGAUAAUAUGUCUGAUUCAUUACAAACAAAUUUUGAACAAAUUACUGAAACUCAUAAUUCUAUGUACAAUAAUUUACAAUCAAACUUGAUACAAAAUGAACAAAAUAUUAUAUACCCAACAAUUAAUAUUCCUACUACAGAAUCAAUAAUAAAACCUGAACCAGUUGAAUAUCACGAUGAUUUACUUUCUCCGCUAACUUCAAUUGAUGAUUCUUCAUUCCAUAUUAAUCUCAGUGAACGGCUAAAGGACAUAAAAGUUAGUAAAUCUUUGAGUAUUUCUUUGGAUAAAGGUAAAAAUACUAAAGUAAUAAAACCACCAGUCAAAACUUCUGGUAUAAAGCCCAAGUCAAUUACAUUACAAUCAAGAUCUGACCAUAACCUUUCUUUAGUUACACAUAAUAGUUCUCUGCCUAUUACUCUAAUAUCUAAUUGUCCAUCCACUUCUAGUAAUUCUAUGUAUAAUAUAUCGCUACAUAGUUCAACACAAUAUAAUCAGGAACCAAUUUCAACCUUAAACAAUCUCAAUCAAUUGUCUCCCAAUACUGAAGUUCAUCCAAAAUGCAAUCAAAUAAUGCAAAUUAUCUCUCCUCCAAUUAUACAUAAUUUACCUAUACUUCCUGAAAUAAGGAAUCCAUUUAAUUGUGAGCCAAUUCCAAAUGAUUCUAAUUCAAAUCAUAUCGCAAAAACCUCAAGUUCUAAUGUUGGUAUAACUAGAAUUGAAAUAGAAGAGAUGGAUAACGGAUUUAUUCAUGAAGUUUCUAAAAGUCUUACGCUUCCAAGUGUAUUUUGGUCGAGUAUACAUGACACUAGACGAAAUUCUACAAUUUUUAUUCAACGAGAUGAUUUUAAUGAAACUGUGAAAAAAAUUAAUUUUACUAAUAGCUUAACGCCAACUAUACAAAUGUAUGGCAAGAAAUAUGAAUAUUAUACACCUAUUAAAACAAAAAUUGAAUUAGAAACACUUUUAGAAAAAAUUGAUAACUUUGAAAAAUGUUCUGGUAAUGAUGGAUUUACCCAUGAAAAUUGUAUUGGUUAUUUUGAGGCUCGUUCAGAAGAUGUUGAAAUGUGUUCUGUCUGCCAACAGUUGAUAAAACAUCAGGAUUUGUUCAAAACUAAAACAAUAAUUGAAUCUAAAUCAAAAACUAUUGCAAAUCUUAAAAACAAAAUCUUUGAAAGAAAAUUAAGAGUAUUUGAAGCUAGAAAAAAAUUAGAAAAAUUAAAAAAAAAAAGAAACCAUUGACCAAUUUACUCUUAAAAUCCUUCUGGAAUUUAAAUGUUAUGAUGUUACAUUAAUAAUUCAUUUUAUUUAU